AUGGCUAGAACGCUGCUGGCGAGCCUGGGCGCAACUCAUGUGCCUGGCCAGGUGCAGGUCCUGGUGAAUCAGUCUGUACUUCCACUGACGAUGCUCCUGUCUCUGUGCUGCCUGGGGCGGCGCUACGGUGCCCGGCAGCUCCUGGGCGCCGGCUUGGUGCUGGCAGGGGCUGGCUGCGCCAUCCACUGGGAUGCGAAGAUGAAGGCGCAGGAGCUCCUGUGGAAGAGCCUCCUCACCUUUUGCCUUGCCCAGGUGGUGGUGGCGACGUCCACGUUGGUGAAGGAGGCGCUGCUGCAGAAGAGUGACAACCUUGCCGAGACCAUGUCCUUGGGCGUGGCCAUUGCUUGGAGGCGUGUGCCCCUGGGUGUGGCUUUGGCAUUGCUGCCCAGGCCAAACCCUGGCACGGCGUCGAGAGGUCUCUUCACUGACUUUGCCGAUGGCUUCCGCUGUUUCUGCGGUCAGCAGCCUCGGGAGGGUGACCUAGGUUGCCCCUUAGCCAUGCGCACCACGCUGAUCAGCGUCGCACUCUAUGCGACGCAGACCUUUCUUUGCCUCAGGCUCACGCAGAAGCAGGGCGCCACCAUCCGCAGCAUCGCGGCCGUGACCGCGGUGCCGCUGGCACAGCUGCUCUUCAGCCGAGAAGGCAUCGAUGGGCCGUUGGUGUCGGAAUCGAAUGUCUUGGCAUUGGACAUCCGGCGAAAGGCGCUCGGUGUCCGAUCGCUGCUGGGGUCCGUGCCCGGCGUGCUUGGCGGUCUGGGAAACGGGGGGCGGCUGGGGGGCAACGCGGGUAAGGAGCGGGUGGGCGGAUUCCUGCACGGCAUCGCGACUCGACUCCUUGCGGUCUCGGCCGGUGCGGAGCAGAUCUUCCUGAAUGAGUCCUCCGGGGUAUGGCAGGUCUCAUCCUCAAAGUCAGGACUGCUCGGUCUCGCGGGCACUGUGAAGGGCGCCGGCGGAUUCACGCACAUCGCCGCAGCGAGGAGCUCCGGGGCCGAAGCCCUGCGGACCUGGGGCCUGGAUCAGCUGAACGCCACCAUCGAAGAAGCGGAAGCUUUGGGCAUGAAGAUCUCCGCGGGCAUUUGGCUGACCCACGACAGGGAGCACUACCAGAACUGCUCCAACAUUUCUGAGGACCCCUAUUGGCAGACGGAGCUGGCGCGCAUCGUGGAGGGGGUGGCGGCUUUCAAGCGCCUGGGGCCGGCCAUCUGGGCGAUUGGGGACUCCCCUGCGAUCCUCUGGUGGACCAUCGGCAACGAGAUCGAGUUUGCCACCAAUGUGGUCAAAGGCUCCGAGUGCACCUGGCGGAUCCUGAACUGGCUCAUCCAGGGUGUGAAGGCAGAGGACCCCAAUCACCCCGUGGGCUAUGUCUCUGCAGGGACCCACGCGGAGAAGGUACAGCUGAUCGCCCAGUACGUCACCGAGCUAGACUUCCUGGGCGUGAACUCCUAUGGCGAGGACUCGCUGAAAGUGGGCAAAGACCUGCAGGAGAAUGGGGUGGACCUGCCCUAUGCCCUGAUGGAGUUUGGGCCAACAGGGCACUGGGCGGCCAACGUCACCGCCUGGGGCUCCUACAUCGAGGAGAGCUCCACGGAGAAGGUGCCGCGAUACGUGGCCACCUGCGAGCCAGGCGCCCAGGCGGCGCUGGCGCGCUGCGAGGGGGUGGCGGUGCUGUGCUCUCGGCGCUGGGCCGAGGCGGCGGAAGGCGGGGCCCGCGGGGCCAAAGGGCAGGAACAUAUCUGGCUCAAGUUGACUCAGGGAAUGGCUGCCAUUGAUUGGUCUGAUCCCGAACGCCUCAAGAGUCUUGAGAAGCGCUAUUCCCUUCCCGACAUUGUGGAGCAGCGCCGUCGCUUCAUCGAGCUUGCAAAGCCUCUUGAAGGGGAGAGCUGCCUGGAUGUGGGCUGCGGCCCGGCUUUUCUGGUGGAGCUGCUUAAGGCCGCAGUGGGAGAAAAGGGCUCUGUAGUGGGAGUGGAUCAUUCUGAAGCUAUGGUGCAAGCUGCCAAGGUGCGCUGCCCCUCCGCAAAGGUUCUCCAAGCCAGCGCCGAAGAGCUCCCAUUCCCGGACGGCUCUUUCGACCUGGUGACAAUCACCCAGGUAGUCGUUUAUGUGGCCGAUCCGGCCAAAGCACUGAGCGAGGUCAAGCGCGUGCUCAAGUUAGGUGGGCGCGUGCUGAUACUAGACUCUAUUUGGAGCCAGUCAUCUUGGAGCGGAGCCGAUGUGGAGCUGCAGCGUCGCAUCCUCGAUGCGUACGACAAGCACUGCAGUCACCCGCUGCUGCCCAUGCGCAUCCCGGAGUUGCUGGGUCGGGUUGGUCUGGAGUUUGCGGAUGGGCCACAUGUGAUCCCAAUCACGAAUAUCGCUUGGGAUGAAGUUGGUUUUGCAAAGGGCGCUUCCGCCACUUGGCAGUUCCCAGCCAAUAUCGUCAAGUAUGUGACCGAACAAAGCCUCAUUGAGAAGAAUGACACGGAGCGCUGGCUUUCAGAACUAGAAGACGCUGGACGCAACGGGACCUUCUUCUUCAAUCUCAACCGAUACGUCUUUGCCGGCAUAAAAAAAGGCAAAGGCUUGGCCGGAGGUGCGAGCAAAAGGCAGCGGAUGGAAUGAGUGUCACCUCCAUUUGCCGAAGAAUACUCGUGUUAUUCUCCCUGGUUUGUUUUAAAG